AUGUCGAGUCCACAACGGCAGCAGAGGAAGACCCCCCGGCGAGGGACUGGCCGUCGACUGCAUCCGCACGAUGCGGCCGCCUCAAUCGGUGCCGGCCACGAGAACCGUCUCGACGAUGAUGAGGAUCUGCUGCUGACAGCAGAAGCGGAAGGAUUAAGGGAACGCACGAGUACCGAGGCAGCAGCCUCAUCGUCUUCCAUGACCUUUCCAGGAGCCACCUAUGCCGAUCCACACCGUCAGCGCAACCCACAUCGCUCUCAACACGUAUUUCACGAGGUGGACGACCUCGACCCGUACGCCGAAGACCUCGACGGGCUAUACGGUCGAGACGACGACGUAGAUCGAGACCGUUACAGCCACGAGUCAACGAACACCGUCUCGCCGAACGGGCUGGAGAACAGUGAGGUUGAAAUGACAGUCCGAGGGAGGUUCGCCUCCUCUCCCACACUGCAGCAUCCGCCACCGCAGCAGCCCCGCAGGUCAGUGGACUACAGCGAUGUGCACCACUACACCGACACCUCGCACUCGCGCCUGGCGGCGCUGGAGCGGGACGUGGUGGUGGACGGUGAGGAGUACCUCGUGGCAGGCACCGGUGACAAGGCAGGUGAUGACGGGCUGACGGCCGCCGCAGUGGAAGGCGGAGACCGUGUGGAACUGGGCUACCCCUCGUCCCCGGAGCGUGCUGCGCGGCUGCCGAGUUGGUCUGCCGGGCCGUCCGAGUUGGAGGACUUGUCGUUCACAUCGCGGGCCGCGUCACAGACGUCGCACGCUGCUGCUGCAGGUGGCAUUCCGGCUGGCACGGCGGCAGCGGUUGACAGCAACGGACGGACGGCCAGGCCGACCUCUGUCAUGACUGAGCGGGAUGAGCCGACCUCUGGCAUGAAGCGCGAGGUGCAGGCCCGCUGGCGAGAGUUCCGCUGGCGCUACCCGACGCUGCAGGAACUGAUCCGUCAGCUCGUGACAGCCUACAAGGAGGAGCAGCAGACCAAGCGGGCAUGCUUGUCCACCCUAGCGCUGCGGCGACACAGCACAAGCGGCCUUUCAUCGAGUAGUGGCCGAACGCCAACAGCGGACGCCGAUGGCGCUGGGGCCGCUCCGCAGCUGCGCACCUCGCUGGAUUGGGUCCGCUACCUCCCUUACGUGCCUAUGUACCCCAUCGACGAGGCUCUCCGGCACCUAGAGCACGAGCAGGACGACGACAUUCUGCUGGCCCUCUUCUACGCCCCGGACUUGUUCAACACGCACAACUUCAUUCAGUGGAUGGGGCUGGUGGUGAGGGUGACGUGUUCGCUGCUGCGGGCCGGUGCGCUGGACCCCAUCGCGAAGGUGCGGGAGGAGGAGGACUAUUACGACCACCGCGCCGGGUUCCACAACAGCAGCAGGAACAGCACCGCAGCUCAACAAAACAAUGGACAGUCCGUGUUCUGUCCGAGCCUUCGCCUUCCCAGCACUGACGGGCUGUUGUCGGCCGAAGAUGUGCGACGCCUGCGCGCGAACACGGUGCGCAUCGCCAUCAUUGACGCUUACUACCCUCUCCGCAACGCAACGCCAAAGAUGUGGGACCACCUGGGAUCUGACCGGUACAUGGUGGGCGAGGACGAGUGGCACAUCCCCUCGAGGGAUGAUGACAACGAACGGACAGGAGAUGAGGAUGGCGGUGAGCGUGAACGUAGCGGGAAAGCUGCUCACGUUCGCAAUGACGGCGCAGGUCGGCAAGACGAGAGCUGCCGCUUUUCUUCCCCUCGGAACCAACCCACCGCAGCUGCGGGAGCGGCGCGGCGUGCGGACCAUCCCGCGAUCAUCGAAGCGGCCCAAGGCAGCGCCGAGGCGCGGAGCUUCGACGCUGUUGAGCAGCGUAGAAUUCUUCUCCGCCUGUUAGCGCGGGAGGGCGGCCUCGCCUCGGGAACUCAAACGACGCUGCAGUCGACGUCGCAUCUGCGGCGCGCCACGACCGGCGAGCGAGCCGACACCGUGGACGCGCGUGAUGAGGAGAAGCCGCAGGCCGAGAUGCGUGCUGGACAAAAGGACAACAGCAGCGAACACGUGAGAAGGCUGCACGACAGAGGACAGGACCGGUCGCAGCAGGGCGAAAGGCACUUCCGUGCAGCGCAACGACAGGAGGGUGCAGAGGGUGGCGGACCCGGCCCGUUACCUGCAGCAAACCACCAUGACGGUCCGCACUCGCAACCCACCGGCGCAGACCACUCGUCGCCUUCAGCUGCGGCGCCUCCUCCGCCGUCCUCGCCGCGAACGGCGGUCACCGCCGGGGACAGCGAUCGGGCCGGCUUCUUCGCUCGAUACAUCGUCGAACACACCGACGAGUUGCUGCGCACACGUCCGCAGGCGCUGCUGGACGUGCUGCAGCGCUCGCUAGACCGCAUUCGUCGGCGUCAACAGCGCCUUGUGGAGAAGAUAUUCAGCUACGGGCAGAUGAUGAAGUACCGUGUCCAUGUGAACGUCUCCGCACUGCGCAUUGACGAGUUCUCGUCCGAGCACGUGUGCGAUGUGGGCUAUCAAGUCUACCUACGCUCCCCGCAGGCGUUCGAUAGGGGUAGCGCGUCGGCGAGGGAGAAGGGAGGAGUGGACAGCGGCGACAACGACGGUACGCAAGGACGGAACCGCGGAGUAACGCGGUCCUUCUGGUCAGACGACCCACGCAACACGGCCGACGACACGUACGCCGUGGAGGAAGGCGGGCUACAGCCGAGCUGUUCUUACUACCAGCAACUCCGCCUCUCCAGCACCGCGGCGGCUCUCGGCUCCGUGUCGAAUCUGCGGCGCUCGUUGAGGCGUCGCACCGCCCCCCUCACCUCCAUGGCCGCCACCGAAUCUUCGAAGUGCGGCGCCCGACAAAGAAAAGCGUCGUCGCAGACGGAGCAUCGUGAGGGCAGAGAGGACGAAGAAGAGGCGGAGGCGGAGGAUGAAACACUAUCCGCGGUGAUGCACGCCAACAACCCCGACAUCUGGAGCGACGACGCGGCAGCCAAGCGGGUGGGUCAGCUGCAAGCCGGAACGCAUGCGAAGCAGUACGGCAGCAGCGGCGACGACGAAGCGGCGGAGGAGGAGGGCAGCGCUGAUGUGGUCGCCGACGCCCCGCAGCAUGUGAUCGACGCUUCUUCUUCUUCUACCGGUGCCGGUGCAUUACCUCACCGCCAGCCGUCCACCGACACGACCGCGCCUGCAAAAGCGGAUGUAGCGGUAGCGCACAGGACGAUGGACACCAAGGAGGGCAGCGAGGAGGAGGACGAUGAGGCGUUGGGAGAGUCCUGCCUCGACGACGUACGAGCGCCGACCGAUGACGGCACUGACUUUCGUGAGGUGUACGUGCAGUACAUAGACGGGAUGGACGAGCUUGCCGUUGAGGCCGAAGCUGCCGCCGGCGCCGUCGGGGUGUCGCCGGCAGCCGUGCCGGACAACGGGAGCGUGCUGACGGAAUCGGAGAACAACGCAGCUGAUGUCGCCUCUCCGUCGGAGUACGUUGGCAGCCUCCACGGCGGUCCUCCUGGCACCACUGCCGUGAACAGUCUGCGCCUCGUCGGCACCGCGGCCCGGCGCAACUAUCUCCUGCGUCAGAGCCCGCCCGUUCUCUUGUUUCCGCGCAAGCAGGGCAGCCGCCCGUACGUGUUUCCGCAGACGCUUCUCCAGAUGGUGCAUCUUAGCUUCGCCGGCGCGCGCGGCCAGGUGCCGCCACCGGAGCACGCGCGACGUCUGCGCCACCGCUGGGGCUGUGCGGCGCCGUUGUCCCCCGAUGCCUCCGCGAACCUGUCCUCCGGAAACGCCACCCUCUAUGCUCGUGCCGAACCCACAAACGGCGGCCGCCCCUCGUCAUCCGUCCUUUCCUCGGACUCUGACGGCCACAACAGCCGGAGCAGCACUUCCGCGACGGCGCCGGCUCCCCGGUCGACCGACUCCCCCUUCACCACCGCCUUUACCGAGCCUUCCUCCGCCAUGUCGCCGCCCACCACGUCCGGCUACCGCGUGGUGAGUUUGCUGGACAACCCGUUUAGCCGCCUCGGUGUCGAGCACUUGCACCACGACUUCGUCAUCAGCGGCCCGUCCUCUCCCACGGCGGUGCUGCAGCUGCUGGUGGAGGAGGCGCGGCGCGUGUCCACCCCCGGCGAGCUGGAAGCGCGUAGCCUUCGCGAGGCGAUCUACCAGCAGCAGCAUCGGCAAUGGAGGGCGGCCGAGGAGAGAAGGCGCGGGACGCAGCGGGGCAGCGGGACUGAAGGGAGGGAGGAGGAGGAGGAGGAUGGGAAGGACGACACCACCGUCGACCGUAGACGCGUCGAAUCCGACACGGCGGUGGAUGGCGGGUUGCCGUCACACCCCAUGGCACGCGCGGCAUCCGCUUCAGGCAGCGGAGCUACGACGGGCAGCAGCACCAUCGCUUCUUUGCCGAGGAAUUCUUCCAUCUUGGGCGGCCCCACCGCGCCCAACAGCUCCCCCGCCUCCGCCACCACCACCACUGUGGCUGCUGACAGCGACGCGACACCUGCGCAGGCUAGUCAGCACGAUGCACAGGCAGAGGUGACGCAGCGCGAGUACGGCAGUUAUCCCAUGUCGUGGGGUGAGCGCUUUCUCGCGGGCGCGGCGAGGGAUGUGGAGGCGUACCUUGUGGGCAGCAGCACAGUGACGGCGUCGGGACCUGCGACGACGUCCACGCAGGCGGAGCACAAUAGCGGUGGCACGUCGUGGAACGGCAAUGCGACGCGAAGCAGCGUCCCGCGCACCCCGCAUGGGCGGAGUAGCCUCACCGGCGAUCUCGCAGAGGAAGACGCGGAGGCGGCGGAGGAGUACUUCUUCGAACACGACGUUGCCUUCCGCCUGGACCCCGACCGCGUCGUCGAGAGCGCGCCGCUGACGCUGCACUUCUUCCUGCGCACUCCGACACACUUGGCAGAUAGCGAAAUCAUUGAGCCGCUGAAGGAGCACAUUCGGGUCCUGCGUCGCCGGCUGGUGGAGGAAAUCGUAGCCGACGUGUACGAGCACGCCCGGUGCGAGAUCAGCGGCAAUCGCUUUGUUCAGCUCCUCCGCUACGGUGCCACUGCUGAGUACGUGAACGGGACGCGCGUGGCCCGGCCAGUUGACAAGAACAGUAGUAACACGAAUACGAAUCAACCCAGCGGCAGUCGAAGUAGCAGCCACGCACACAACACGGCGCCCGUGCCUUACGCGUAUACGACGGACGGUCUGCCGCUGCUGCAGUGCUUGCGGAACAGCGCUGCGAUGUGGGUGUGGCUCACGGCUGCUGAAAUGCAACUUCACGAUAUGAAACGGGCGGGCUCGAGCGACGACGUCGACGACGACGGUGUGGAUCGCAGUGCCACCCCUGCUGCUGCUGCUGCUUGCGAGGCGCACAACCCGCUUCUUCUCCCCCGUGAUGCUGCGUCCUUCAUCGAGCUGUUGCGCAUGCCCUACAACACGACCCUCGACCCCGCCGCCCUCGUCGAGGCGGAGGAAGAGGAUCGGGUGUACACCGAGACUGUGCCUUUCUACUACCGACGCUUUAACCGCCAGCGGUGCAGCGGCGAUGACGGUGGUGGCGCGGCGGCGGGGGCGGCGUCGUCACUGUUGGCCAACGUAACUGACGCAGAGCGCGCGAAGCUGCAGGAACAGCGCUACACCCGUGAGCGGCUGUUUCUCAUGCAAGUCGCCUUUCGCGAGUUGAUGAAGCGCUCCAACUUGCACGUGACGGACUCCUUCUUUCAGCUGUUUACCAUUGACCGCGAGGCGGCCAUGAAGGUGCCCCGCAGCGACGCCUCCCGCGUCGUGUAUCGUACCGUGCCCUCGUCCAUGAAGUCGGCCACGGCGCUGCCCGUCGCCGCGACGGUGGCCGUGCGCCCACAAGCGUGUCUGCCGUCCUUCAACAACACCUACCUGGCGGUGAUGUAUCUUUUCUUCAACGGGACGGCCGAGCGCUACUAUCGCAAUCACGCGUUGAACCACCGACGCGUGCGGCUGAUGCAGCGCUUAGAUGAGGCGGUGCGUCUGUCUCGACAGGCUCGCUUGAUUCUGCUGACAGCGACGGAGGACGACUACCGCACGCAGUACCUCGACUCCGUCAUACAGGAUGCGGCGCGGCGGUACUACACGAUCCAGCACAUCAACCACCACCACCGUGAUGCCGUGGCGCAGGAGUGGGAAUUGCAAGAGCAGCAGCGGCAGCGCUCCUUUUCUCCCGGGCGUGCCGGUGCGGAGGAGACCGUCUUGCUAGCGAAGGACAACGCGGCGCCCCACACGUCGGAAGCGGGCGCGGACGGCAAACGUGGAUUGGCGCCGUCGUCUUCUUCACCUGCUCCGACUCGGCCGCCUUCUGCAGGUCGUGCCAGCCCGUCGUCACCGGCCGUCAACUCGCACCACGACGAGGGUGAUGCUGAUGAUGAUGAUCAAACGCGCACAUACGAGACCUACGCCCACCUGUCGCCUUUUCAAUUUAACAUCAUCAACUACGACGUCGAUCUCAGCGAUAACGAUUCGCUGUCCUCGUCUAUUCUUGGAGAUGACGAUCAUCCUCACCACCGUUACCACAGCGGCGAUAGGGAGCGACCACGAAGAAGGACGACGACAUCCGCCUCCAAUACCUCCGACACUCGCUCCUGUGAAGGCGAGGCGUGUUGCGGGAGCACUGCCAGGUCGCCACCUGGACAGGAGGGGUGCCGUGCCAACGGCAUUGCGACGGAGUCCAGCAGCCACCGUACCACCUCAAGGAUCAAUCCGUACAGAGCAGACGGAGACGUCGGUGCGCCGCUGACCGGCGCGGAGGCGGACGAAGCGGCACAAGAGAGGGAGCAGAUGCGUGUACUGCGUAGUGGUGAUGUGGGUGGGGCGGACGAGGGGUUUGUGGACGGUGCCGUUGGCUCGCCGUCUGCACAACCGAAUGAAGAGUGCGGCUGGCGUUCGCAUUCUUCUUCUGAUUCGAAGAAGAAGCCACCACAACCGCAGCGCCAUCCUCCGGCUACGCAAGGAGAGGGCAGCAGCAGCAGCAGCGAUGGCGGUGGUGGCCCCCGCGAGAAUGCCGAUGCAGCGGGGAGGGGCACCGCUGGACGUUCCAUUGAGGAGGAAAUGGCGCUGCUUGACGAGGAGAUGCGCCGCGGUCAACGCACGGAGAGCAGCUUACCCAACGCCGAAGCCGACCACGGCGACGACGGCGACUAUCGUGUUCCAGACUCUCAGGCCGACGUCAACAACGCAGCGCCAUCGCAAAUGCCGCCCCUGCCACCGCCGCGGAGUAAGCCGCCGGUGUCGCGGUGGAAGCGGUGGUUCUCCCGUCAAACCCCCACGCAAAACACCGCGAAGGACGAGCACGAUCACGACGCCUCGACGACGUCGGCUUCUCCGGGCAGUCGCGACGAGGAGAGUCACAGCAAGGGUGGAUAUCACGACGUGGCGGGCGGUGACCGGGAAGGGACGAGUAGGGGAAGCGCUCGCUUCUGGCCGCGACCCGCCUCUGUUUCGGAGGACAAUGCAGACCGUUACGACGACCACCACCACCACCGCAACGACGUGGAGGACGUCGACGCCGGCGACGCCAACUUCGCCGAACGGGAGGGGUUCGAGCAGGGCGACGACGACGACGGCACUGAGAUGUCGCACGUUAUUACGGGCGACAAGACGGAGUACGUGGAGGGCCUGCCCUUCCCUUUGCGCCACGGCGAGGUGCCCCGGUGGGAGCUGCGACGACGCUUGGAGGAGCAUCAACGACACGUGCGGGAGCUGAAGCGGCGCCUCAUUGACGUGCGACUGCGGUGGGCGUCUGCGCUGUGGAAUGAGCAGGAGCGUCCUGGUGGGGCGCGACCGGCCACUCCAUACAAUCAAGGAGACGGCAAGCAGACCCAGCAGCCGCAGCAAGCACCACCUCCAGAGGAGAACGAACCACACCAGUAG